AUGCCUGUCAUGAGCUUGGUGGCCACAUACUUCGCGAAACGCCGUGGCUUCGCUAUUGGACUCGUGACUGUAGGCAAUUCAGUGGGUGGCAUGAUCUAUCCGACUGUGGUGCGGCAGCUCCUCCCCCAAGUAGGAUUCGGCUGGACUGUAAGAGUGCUUGGAUUCAUCAAUGUGGCCUGCUUGUCCAUAGUCAUCGCACUUUCCAAGCCGCGCCUUCCUCCGAGAAAGAGUGGCCCGCUUUGGGAUCCAGACUCUUUUAGGGAUGUGCCGUAUAUUCUGUUCGUCCUGGGCGUCUGCUUCUUGAUGCCGGCAAUCUACUUUGUGUUUUACUAUGUAAGCACUGCCUCUGAUCUGGUACAACUGGAAUAUAUCCGAUUAACACAUACACAGGUCGCUUCCUUCGCCCGCGACGAGCUCGGCAUGCCAUACACGCAGUCUCUCAACCUCGUCAUCAUCCUCAACGGCGUCGGGCUUCCCUUCCGCAUCCUCCCUGGCUUCGUCUGCGACCACUACCUUGGGCCCCUCAAUAUGUUCUCACUCUGCACCUUCUUUGCAACCGUAAUCCUCUUUUGUUGGCUCGGAGUCAACUCGAUCUCCACUUAUUACACGUUUAUCGCGUUCUACGGCAUCUUUGCUGCGGCAUUUCAGUCUCUCUUCUCCACGGCGAUCAUGUCGCUAUCGCAUGAUAUCACGAAGACGGGGACGAGGCUGGGCAUGGCGAUGACGGUGAUUGGGUUUAGCGCGUUAGUGGGAGGGCCGUUGAGCGGGGCUAUUCUGAAGGCGAAGAAGUCGCUUCAGGAGCUUCUACAUAGCACGUCAUUCUAUAAGAUCUACCCAGGAAAACCGGUCCUGCAGAAACUUAGGCGCUGUUCUCGCAACUGGAGUUUGGAUCCUGAGAACAAUCAGGGCCAGCGGGAAUCUCGGCGAUGGCAAGAUGCGGCUGGGGCUCGACCUGGUGUGCAUGCAACGACUGGAGCCGGUAAUGGGAGAAUGCGUAUCGGACCGGGACCGGGACCGCACCGGAACCGGAACCGGCGGUGA